AAAGCACUACUAUCGGUGGCCCUCCUGAGUACCCCACAGCCAAUCGAGUUCUUCCAAGCUUCUACGAUACUCAGUUUAUGGUCAACAACCAUUGGGCAGAUUCCCCUGAGUAUGGAUAGCUGGCUCUUGAGCGGGUUUGCGAUUCAACAUUGUAUUGCAUCUGGCCUGUUAGGGCCUACCACGGGUCUCGAUUCGAGUUUGAACAAUCAUGGACUCGAUCGUUUCUGUGUUUGGAACCAUCUGCGUCUCACGCACCUCCACUACUGCGUUGGAACGCGACGAAAAGCCUCCAUCGACAGGGACGAUAUUGAAAGAUGUCGCGUUAUCCUUAGAUUAGACUACGCAACAAACUUCGAGUCACGGAUGGUAACAGAAAUCUUCCUCUACUAGAUUAUGUACGAAAUUGCCCCGCUUCAGUUGAUCUCGCAAAUACCCAAACAGCCGCCAUGCAACAAAUG